CUAUCUGUUUACACAUCCGCGUGCGCACGGACAGCCUCAGACAGACGGUCGGUGUCUCUGUCCGCUUUCCUCCGUUAACGUCUACCUGUCAGACUCAUGUUUCACGUCAGAACUGUGUCAUCCCUGGCUCGGGCAGGGGCCGACAUUCCCUUACACCGCGUCCUGUCCUGUCGAAGAGCCCGGUCCACCUCCGCCUCCACCUCCGCGGCUCACCCGGACCAGGAUGUCAGCCGUAGCCGCACCGAGGAUGAUUCAGCGCGGCCGGAGUGUCCCGGACACACGGGUCAGCGGAACGGGGGCUCCGGCACCGCUUCCACCGCCGUUAAUGAGAUCUCCGUAGACUUUGAGCAGACCCAGGAGGCUUAUAAGAGCAAAGACUCAUUAGAGCUGCUCAGAAGUUUGGUGGUUUUCAAACUCUGCUCCUAUGACUUCCUGGUUGACAAGAAUAAAGAGAUAAUGGAUCUAGGGAGGAAGGUUCUGGGACGUCGAGGCUUUGACCAGUUCAUGAAGAUGACUUUUUAUGGCCAGUUCGUGGCUGGUGAGGACCACAGGGCAAUCAAGCCACUCAUCCAGAAGAACCAGGCUUUCGGAGUGGGAUCUGUGCUGGACUACAGUGUAGAGGAGGACAUCAGCCAGGAAGAAGCAGAGCAAAAAGAGAUGGACUCAUGUGUAUCCGCUGCAGAGAAACAGAGCAUAGCCCCAGGCCAGGACCACAGAGAGAGAAAGUAUAAGGCACACAAGCAGUUUGGGGACCGUCGAGGGGGGGUGACUGCAGCCCGCACAUAUUUUUAUGCAGAUGAGGCCAAAUGUGACCAGCAUAUGGAAACAUUUAUCAAAUGUAUCAAAGCGUCUGGUGGGAGUUCAAUGGAUGGAUUUUCUGCCAUCAAAAUGACCGCUCUAGGACGACCUCAGUUUCUGCUCCAGUUCUCAGAGGUGCUGGUAAAAUGGAGGAGAUUUUUUAAUUUCCUGGCAGCACAGCAGGGCCAAGAUGGGAUGGAAGCCUUAGAGCAGAGGCUGGAGCUGAAACAACUCCAGGAAUUCUUGACCAAGCUGGGCGCAAAAGGGGAUUUUUAUGGCUGGUUUUCUGGAAGGAAAGCGGAGUCUUCAGGAACCAUUGAUAUGCUUGACUGGAACAGCCUCAUAGAUGAUAGGACAAAGAUAUCGGACCUGCUGGUCGUCCCAAAUGUAGAGCUGGGUGAGCUGGAGCCGCUGCUGGGAACGUUCACUUCAGAGGAAGAGAAACAGAUGAAGAGGAUGCUGCAGCGAAUGGAUGUAUUAGCAAAGUAUGCAGUGGAGAACGGCGUUCGCUUGAUGGUGGAUGCAGAGCAAACCUACUUCCAGCCUGCAAUCAGCAGACUGACACUGGAGAUGCAGAGGCUCUAUAACAAAGAAAAGCCUGUCAUCUUCAACACCUUCCAAUGCUACCUCAAGGAGGCCUAUGACAAUGUAACUAUGGAUGUCGAAUUAUCUCGACGUGAGGGCUGGUGUUUUGCUGCUAAGCUGGUGCGUGGAGCCUACAUGUACCAGGAGCGAGAGAGAGCCAAGGAGAUUGGUUACGAAGACCCCAUUAACCCAGACUAUGAGUCGACCAAUUGGAUGUACCACCGGUGUCUGGACUAUGUGCUGGAUGAGAUCGCGCUGAAUGGAAACGCCAACGUUAUGGUGGCUUCCCAUAAUGAGGACACAGUGAAACACACCUUGAGGCGAAUGAACGAGCUGGGUCUUUUACCCACAGAGAACAAGGUGUACUUCGGGCAGCUACUGGGGAUGUGUGAUCAGAUCAGCUUUCCUCUGGGUCAGGCUGGCUUCCCCGUCUAUAAGUAUGUCCCUUAUGGGCCGGUCAACGAGGUGAUGCCCUACCUGUCUCGGAGAGCCCAGGAGAAUCGAGGCUUCAUGAAGGGUGCCCAGAAGGAGAGGGAGCUGCUGUGGAAGGAGCUGAAACGUAGAGUUGCCUCCGGGGAUCUUCUCUACAGACCAGCGUACUGAGAGCACAGAAGAACAGGAGAAACAGAGGAGUGUCAACGUGUCGAACGUGUCUAGUUUUUCUUUUUUUUUUUUUUUUUUUUAUGUCUUUGCAGGUUGACAGGUGGUGCUGUGGGUGUUUGCUCUGUCUCUCUUUCUGCAUCGCUCUCUCUGGAUCUCCUGUUUGAUCCUGUCCUGGACUUUUCUUCUUUCUUUUCUGAUGGGCUCCUUCUGCUUGUCAUUUUUCUGCCUUUUGUCUACCACUCCCAUUACAUGUUCGUCUUUUUGUUCCCUCGCUGACGUUAUGCACCUUCUCCCACUAUGUUUUUUCUACGUGUGCGGCCCAUGUUUCUUCACUUGUCCACCUUUGCAUCUGUAAGCAUUCCUCAUUUUGUCUUCCUCUUGUCUGUAGAGCUCCGGUAUCUAUCAAGUGGGCAUCUUUACUACUCCAAAAGGACUCCCUAAAAUGUCAACCAGACUGGGGCGAGUGUCUCUUUUUAUCACCCUAUUUAUCUUGGUGCGGGACAACAAUAAUAAAAAUAACAGGCUUGAUUUAAAUGGUAGUAAAGAAACAUCAAUAUUCCCCUCCCACGUUAGGUUUUUUUGACUGUUGGGCAACUUGACAGUACCCCGAGGAGGUUUCUGUAUUUUUUCUCCACUGCGCUUGAGGUUGUAUUGCUGGGGUUGAAAAUGAUGCCUGUUUAUGAAUCAAUGGGAAAGUAUAAAUGACUGCUCACAGCACAUCCCUCUUCUCCUAAGAACGCACUGCCUUUGUUAUUGUAUUUACAGGAGGAGGCUAUAUUCUUGGUCACUGAGGUGUUACAAGAAAGCACACAGCGUUUCAGUAUUCAGCCAGUGCAUCUCCUUUUAAUACAGUUGCCUGCGAAUAUGGCAGGUUGGGUUUUUUUUUUUUUUUUCUUGGUUUGUUUAUAUUUUUCUUGACAUGAGAUAAUAUGUAAGGGAAAAUGAAAUAGGAGGUUCACUCCUUGGUCUUAUUAUAUAGUAUUUUUAAGAUUUAACACCGUGCAGGCAAUAUCUUUUACAGACGGGUGACAAAUUGGAUGAGAAACCGGAUGAGAGCGGCACCCCCAUACAUAGGGCGAGAAGGGCAGCAGAAUGGUUUGAUGAGUAUGAAAAUGUCAAUCAUUGAAUCAUGGGGAUCUCAUCUGAAUAUCUAUGGAAGGUGUUGGACUGACAUGGAAGGCUGCACUCUCCACCUCUAUCAUCACAACAUCAUCUAAAAUGAUGGAAUAACUUUUGGAGGAGUGGUGUUCUAUCUGGCAGAAUGAAAUGUUUCCAUUUCUGCAAACCAUGGGUACAAUCUCAAUAUAACUGAUUUCCUCAGGAUCUACUACUUUUUUUUGCCCCUUCUCAAAAAGCAGGAGAUACUCGGGGUGGACUGUGGAUAUAAAACUCCAAAACUUAGAAAGAAAUUGGUGCCCCUGCUUUUGUAAGUUUUAGGAUCAAGAACUAUAGAUGUUUUGGAAAAGACAUUGGUUUGGUGUAUAAAUAAAUUCAUCGUGGGUCAUUUGUAAUCACAUAUUUGUGGAUUUUUUCUGGUGUUAACCAAUCCCUGCUUCCUUUCCAUACGGUCAGUGAAUAAAUUAAUGAAAUACGAUACUAAACAAGAGGUGCCAAGCACAGCAAACCCCGCCCCUCGCAUGUGUUAUAGCUUAUUUUGGCGUCGAUCCAGCUGAUGUCAUGUCUAUGCAUGUGCUAAUGUCAGCAUAGACAAAUUUUGAUCAUUAUAAGUAAA